CGGGAGUGAAUAUCAUAGGCAACAGGAUACAAGACAAGCUCAACAACAGAACCGUACCCAGCCCUCGCUUUCAAGCAUAACCCGUCUCGUGAUCUGCAUGACGAAGUGAUCUGCGAUGGAAGGAAACAAACCUAACAGAGGUCUAGAUGACCUCAUUGAAGCAUCAUUGAAAGCUUCUGCUGCCUCUGCCGCUCAAUCCCAAAGCACUCACAACGACGAUGACAUCAGAGAUAGCAACGCAAAAAAAAAGUCUUUAUCGUCCAAGCUCGCCCUCGAGAUCUUCGCUGAGCGUUGCCUGAAGACAGGGUACGCGACUGUAGAAAGCACGUUCAUCGCAAAGAAGUAUGGCGUGAGCUCCAAGACCGUCCGCGACAUAUGGAACCGCAGGACAUGGGCCGAGGCUACCAAGCCUCUCUGGACAGACGAGGAAAAGGAGUCGACGGAGGAGCUUGAUGCGUGCAAGGAGAGAAAACGGCAGGCUAACAAGAAGCGGAAGCUCGCGCACAUGCGGCAAGGAAACGACAAGAGCGGAGACUCUCAUGACUCCGACGGUCAUGAGAUGGCUGAGGAGAUGCAUCAGCCAGACAAAGAUGAGGGCAGUGUACAGGAGACCUGCUCGGGAUCAGAGACAAGCACCAUGUGCGAGCAGAGCUCGGCCAAGGAGUCCCAGGCGGAGGACAGCAGCGACGCGUGCAACCCCAAGGGGUCAUCGAGCGGCUCACCAGAGGGCUCGAGCAGCCCGACGUCAAGCAUGCAGUCAAAGUCAACGACCUCGUCGGACACGGGCCGGUCGGAGCAAUGCGGGGCGCACAAGGACGGCGUUCGCAAAUCGAUGCCAGAGCUGCUAGGGGAGGGGAAGGAACCGAAGGGGACGGAGAGGACAGGAGGGAGGGGUGGGCUAAUGGACAAUGGGUACAGGUCAGAAGGAUCAUCGGAGUGCUCGGCAGGGUCAAAGCGGAGAGGGGAGUCACAGCAUGGAGAGCGAAGGCGGACAGGGAAGGAGUCGGGGAAGCAUGCAAGGUUAAAGGAAGCUCAAUGCUCUCUAGCGUGCAAUCCGCACUCAGGUGCAGAGCAGCUGCAGACUGGAAGGGACAAGGAGGGAUCAGAGACUUCAGAGAGUUCGCUAGAGACUUCUUCGGAUCGGUCAAACAGCUCCAAGCAGGUGUUUCAAAUCGAGCCGGUAAAGUCGGGCGCGUCUGGAGAGAUCGCGGCCCUCCUCAAGAAGUUCACAGAGCAGCAGCAGCUCAUCCUGGAGCAGCAGCAGCAGAUCUUGAACCGGGCCACCCAAUUAGUCAAUCAGUUCCCGAUUGCUGUGGAGCAGCGAGCCUCCCAUGCAGAGCCGAUGCCUCAGCCGGGGCCUUGGAUGGGUGAGGCCCGGGGGAUGCUCCGUCAAGGGAUGUCCGGGGCUGCUUUUGGCAACUUGGGUCAGAUGAUGGCAGGAACAGACGGAGGUCAGGGCCUCGGGAUUAGAGCUGGGGAACAGGGAUCGUUUCAGGGUCAGGGUCAGGGCAUGGGGGGGGGUCUGAGAGAUUAUAUGCAGCUGGGUCAGCAAGGCCAUCAGGCUGGCUCUGGACAGGCGGACGAGUUUCAGCAACGCCUUCUCCUACAGCUCCUACAGACUCAGCUCUCAAGUUUGCUCCCUGGUAUGAAUCAGCAACACAGGGUCUAGGUUGAUGACCUGCUCGAUAUGAAGUCGC